AUGUAUCUGCACUUUGGAUGCAGAUUCUUUUGCUAUGGGAGUCCUUGUGAGACAUGCUACCCAUUUGCAACUUUCUUUGUUAUCUAUGACAGUAACGGUAACCUGAAAGAUUUGCAAAUGGUUUGGAGCUCAAACAGAGACCACAUGGUGCAGGAAAACGCAACCCUUAUACUUACCUCCACUAGAGAACUUUUGUUAAUGGACUCAGAUGGCAGUGUCGUCUGGUCUAAAAAUACUUCUACCCAAGAUUUUGAAGGGAUGGUGGUAAAUGAAUCAGGAAACCUUGUUCUCUAUAACACCUCCAACGGUAUCAUAUGGCAGUCUUCUGAUCAUCCCACAGAUACAAUCCUAUUAUUGCAGAAGUUCAAGGUGGGGCAGAAGCUUAUAGCAAACACUUGUCCUACUAAUACAAGCCAAGCUUUACUGGUGAGCUCACUUUGUGCGAGUAUCCAACGCCAUGUGGAAGCUAUGGUGUUUGCACAGGUGGGCAGUGUAGCUGUCCAAAAGAGGGCAAUGUUUUUUAUCAGGUAUGGUGCCAAUUUUUCCAGAGAUCUUUGUUAUCUGGAGUCCAAUGUCUUUUCUCAUCAAAUGAAUAAUCAAAGUGAUGAGUUUUAUAGUUCUACUGCUUAUAUUAAAAUUCACUUAAUGCCUGAGCAGAAUAAGCAUUUGGUUUUAGUUACAACUAUUUCUGCUAUUGGUGGAGUACUUCUCUUGUUUCUGUUAUUAUGUUCAUGCAUAAGGAAGUAUCAAAAGGUCAAACAAGAAAAGGAAAAACAUGAGGAUGAUCGCAUUGAUCUGCUGACAAGAUUACCUCUGCAUUACUCGUUCCAAGAAUUACAGAUUGCUACAAAUAAUUUCAGUGUAAAGUUGGGAAGAGGGGGAUUUGGUUCAGUUUAUGAAGGUGUUUUGUCGGACAGCUCAAGGAUGGCAGUGAAGAUCCUUGACAAAACGGGACAAGGGAAAAAGGAGUUCUGGGCAGAAGUUGAAACUCUAGUUAAGGUUGAUCAUUUUAAUUUGGUAAGACUGAAAGAUUUCUGUGCAGAAAAAACCCAUGUAAUGCUCGUCUACGAGCAUUUACCAAAUGGGUCUCUAGAUAAAUGGAUAUUUCCGAACAAGAUGCAUCAUUAUAUGCUGGAGUGGAAGACUAGACACAAAGUAGUUCUGAAUAUUGCAAGAGGAUUAGCCUAUCUACAUGAGGAUUGUUGA